AUGAGCAAAAGUAACAGAUUGUACAGUAAUACUCACAUAAGAAACACUGUGUAUAUUGAACUCGGCAUUGGAAUCUUGGCCAACAUCAUUCUUCUCCUCGUCCACAUCUCCUUGCACAUUACUGGGCACAGACCUAAGCCCACUGACCUGCCCAUUGGUCUCUUGGCCCUAAUCCACUUAUUAAUGCUGGUUAUUAAUGGCUUCAUAGCUGCAGAUAUUUUUACACCUCAGGGAAGAUGGGGUGACCUCACAUGUAAAGUACUUGUCUACCUGUACAGGUUGAUGAGGGGCUUCUCCAUCUGUACCACCUGCCUGCUGAGUGUCCUCCAGGCCAUCACCCUCAGCCCCAGAAGCUCCUGCUUGGCAAAGUUCAAACAUAAAUCCUCAUGCCACAACCUGUGUUCCCUUAACUUCCUGUGUGUCAUCUAUUCAUCUUUCACUAGCCACCGCUUAAUCUCCAUUAUUGCUACCCCAAAUUUGACCUCUGACAAUUUUAAAUAUAUCACAGAAUCCUUCUCUCUACUUCCCAUGAGCUUCUUCCUCCGGCACGCUUUUGCAACCUUGUUAACCUUCAGGGAAGCCUCCCUUAUGGGAAUAAUGGCCAUCUCAAAUGGAUACAUGGUGGCUCUCUUGUGCAGGCAUAGGAGGCUGUCCCAGCAUCUUCACAGAACCAGCCUGUCUCCAAUAUCAUCCCCAGAACUGAGGGCCACACAGACAAUCCUGCUGCUCUUGAGUUGCUUUGUGGCCAUGUCCACUAUGGACAGAAUUAUCAACUAUGCCAGAAUCACACUGAAUGAUGAUCCAAUCUUUUACUGUAUCCAGAUUCUUGUGGCCCAUAGCUAUGCCUCAUUCAGUCCUUUGGUGUUCCUUGCUACUGAAAAAUGUAUACUUAAUAUUUGUAGAUACAUGUGGGGGAAGACAGUACAUAUUUCAUUAGCCAGUGGUUCAUAA